AAAUUUUUACCUGGCAUCUCUGACAAAAAAUAAAUAGCUGAUCCUGUUUAGGUUAUUUUUAUCGAUUGCAAUUUUGAGUGAAAAUCGCCACUACUGGUGAUAGCAAUGGGUUCGAUUGAACACGUAACAAAGGCGGCUAAUUUCAUGAAAGUUGUUCCUGGAAAAAUUGGAUAUAAUUCCGAAAAGAUCAUUACGCGAUACAUCCCCAAAACGAAUGAGAGUAUUUCCGGGUAUUCCUCGAUUUUGCAGUCAUUAGCACGAGAAUCCAAGAAUGAGCUUAUACAGGAUAGCUUCAAGGAUAUUGAGACAGAACUUCAAGUUGCACAAUGGAUUGAUUACUCAGUCUUAUUUGUUCAACCAGGUGUAAAAGAUAAACAUGUGUCGAAAGUACUAUUAGAGGAGCUGAAUAACUACCUUGAAACUCGAUCAUAUUUGGUUAAUCACGCCCUCAGCUUGGCCGAUGUUGUAGUUUUCUAUGCCAUCCAAAAUACAUUGAUCAACUUGCAGCCUUUGGACAAAGAGCACUAUCUCAACAUAUCUCGCUGGUUCAAUCAUCUCCAGCAACAAAAAACAAUUCGACAGGAUGAGAGCUUGAUCAACUUUUCCACGUUGCAUUUACUAGGAUGGGCGACGGGAACCCACAUCUAAGCAUUUCAUUAACAUGUUACGAAAAUAUAUUUAUCUCGAUUUUCCUCCUGCAA